AUGGACACUCGAUUACAACACGCCAUAAUCACCUUGAGGUCGAGGAUCUCGCUUUUCAAAAGCACAUACAAGGGCUGUUCAGGAUGUAUUCUUGUCAUUGGAGGAUGCGACUAUUACACUGGUGCUCCGUACUUUGUUGCCAUGAGUGCAUUGCUAACAGGCUCGGAAUUAGUAUACAUAUUCACCAUGCCUGGCGCAAUCACAUCCUUGAAGACUCUGCUUCCUGAAGCAAUAGUAUGCCGGAUAAAAUGCCAUGAGUGGAUCCUAAACAGAAUCACUGCAUGCGUGGUGGGAUCAGGCUUGGGCCGGCCAGAAUCGCAUGUGUGCAGUGAGAUAGCAAAAAUACUUGCGUAUCUUGACAAACGAAAUGUUCCCAUUGUAGUUGAUGCAGAUGCCAUAUUUCUCAGCGCAUCUCUUGGCAUACAAGCACUUACAACAAAAAUAUUCACUCCAAACGCUUCCGAGCAACGCCAUAUUCGCAUAUCUGACAAUGACACAUUCUAUGUCAUGAAGGGCUCAACAGACCUUAUCAAAUGGAAUGAUGUCCAGAUAGAAAUUAACGAAAAAGGCUCGCCAAAGCGAAUAGGAGGGCAAGGAGACAUACUCGCAGGCGUUAUAGCAUCAUUAAUAUCCAAAUGCUCAUCUCCAAUCAGCCACAUAGAUGCAAUGGCGUCGAUUUAUCUUGGAUGCACACUUGUUCGCAAGGCUGCACAUAUUGCAUACCAGAAGCAUUGGAAGACUGUCAUUACAAGAAACAUCAUAGAUGCACUGAAGGACACAUUCAUAUUGCAGUUCGGUCUCCAUUCAUCCAAUCCACCCAAUCCACUCGACAUUUAA